AUGGCUUCCAAUCCAGACAAGAAUCUGUCUCCUUCAGAUGAGAAAACCGGUUCAACAGAGGAGAGCAAGACUCCUAAACCGGAAUCAAUAGCCUCUGGGGGUUCACCUUCUUCAGCUAACCCUCCAUGCUUGAAUUUCAAUGCUUUUGAUUUCUCUAACAUGGCUGGUAUCCUCAACACUCUAGAGACUUGUAAAUUGGUUAAUAAAUACUCCGUUGCAAUAAUACAACUCCUUUACUUGUUCUGUUUUGUCCAUGUGUAA